UCAGGAGGCCACAGGCACCAGUGGAGAAUGGCAGGAACCUUUCCAGUUGCGAACAAUGCAAGUUGCUGGUAACCAGCCUCUCUGCAGGCUCCUUGAUUUAGAGGGUUUUCCUUUCUGCCUUUCCUUAUGCUUGGACUGAGAGUGCGCUGGCACCCCGAGUUUCCCAGGCUGUGAGCACGUGUCAAAUGGCUAACCCUUUGGCUGUCCAUAUUUCUCAGGACAGUGCCUGCUUUUAAUUCUAGCAUUUUCUGCAGGAGAUUAAAUGUAGGAUUGAGCUGUUGCGAGCAUUACAUUCUUGCUCCAAGCGAACCAUUUUUUUAAAUAAAAAAGUUGUUCUUAAUAUUAUUAUUACUACAUUCUGGAUGGAAGAUGCAAAGUGUUGAGUGGAUAAAUUUCCGUACAGACUGGAGGCUAAGCAGCGAACGACAGAAGAAUAAUUUUACUUGAGAAGCAUCAGCGAAGGAAGAUUUCCUCGGUGAAAGUCAGCCCAAGCAGUGAAAAUGAUGAUGAUGAGGCAGGUGCAGGUUAACAAGAGCCUUGCCAUUGUGAACACCUCUGAAUCUUGAGAUAGGAUCUUACACGUGAACAAGGUGAUGUCCAUCUUGUUUUAUGUGAUAUUCCUUGCUUAUCUCCGUGGCAUCCAGUCGACCAACAUGGACCAAGGGAGUUUACCAGAAGAUUCAAUCAAUUCUCUCAUUAUAAAACUUAUUCAAGCAGACAUCUUAAGAAAUAAGAUAUCCAAGCAAAUCACAGAUAUUAAGGAUAGCGUUCAAGACACAAUGAAGAAAACAGAGACUGCUGGGCCUGAUAUGGACGGCAAUGAAAGUGUGAAACUGGAUUUCCAGCCGGUUAUCUCAAUGGACACAGAACUACUAAAGCAUCACAAGCGCUACAGCUCCCCCAGGGUCCUCCUGAGUGACAAUACACCAUUGGAACCGCCACCAUUAUACCUUACGGAGGAUUACAUCGGCAGUUCUGUGGCGGCAAACCAAACGUCUCGGCAGAAGCGGUUUGCUGAAAACAAGAGUCAUCGUGGGGAGUAUUCUGUGUGUGACAGCGAGAGCCGAUGGGUCACAGACAAAUCUUCUGCUAUUGACAUUAGAGGACACCAAGUUACUGUGCUGGGAGAAAUCAGAACAGGGCCUUCCCCAGUCAAACAGUAUUUCUAUGAAACAAAGUGUAAACAGGCCAAACCUGCCAAAAGUGGCUGUCGUGGUAUCGAUGAUAAGCACUGGAACUCCCAGUGCAAAACAUCCCAAACAUUUGUACGGGCAUUGACUUCAGAAAACAAUAAACUUGUGGCCUGGCGAUGGAUAAGAAUAGACACUUCUUGUGUGUGUGCAUUAUCCAGAAAAAUUGGACGAACAUAGGUCUGUGCCUCUCUGUCGUAUAAAUUAUUACGUCUAAAUUAUAUGAUAUGCAUGUAGCAUAUAAAUGUUUAUAUUGUUUUAUAUAUUAUAAGUUGUCCUUAUUUAUUAAAUUCCAGCAAGCUGCCAUGUGUGUAUGUAUAUGUGUAUGUGUAUGUAUAUAUACAUACAUAUAUACACACACAUAUAUAUGUGCAUGCACACAAACAACACCAAUUAAAAAACAGUAAAGUAUGGAUAUCUACAAUGGGCUACACCAGUUUUCAUGACUGCUUGUGACUUCUGUUCCUCUUCAGCCUUCCAUAAAUUGCCUGUAAAAUCUUUGUGUAACAUUGGUAUUUUUUCGCCCAGAACUGUCAAUCCACUGACUUUCAUGGAGUAAACCUGUUAAAAGAAAUUAGAUCUAGUUGGCGAGACUUCUGUACAUGCUUUUCCAUACCUUGAUGAUAAGAUUAAAUAUAUAGUGUUUAACUGUAUCCCUUCAUCCCCAAAAACAAAAUUAAUCAAUGUAGGCAGCAUUUGACUAGUAAUAAUAUUCAUUUCCUGUAUGUUCUGCCAGCUUAACCAUUAGAGUUACCAUUUAUCCCCCCCCCGCCCCCCAAUCCUGUCCCUGUGUCACUGUUCCAGACCCACUGCUAAUAAGUCUGCAAUUUAAGUUUAGGUUUGUUGUUUUUUUUAAAAAAAAAUGCAUUUGUUUUGCAACUGUUUUUAAUGCUGCCAAUUUGUCUUUUAGAAGGCUAGGAGAAAAAUCUAAAAUAUUUGUCCUACAAACUUACCAUAGCCAAGAAGCAAUCCAAGUGGAUCAUUAAUAUAAUAUAUAAAAGAUGGGAUUCCUCAAAAUAAGCACUUAAAAGAAAAUGUGAGCAGCCUUCUUCCAUUUGGAAUAAGCUGUAUUACUCCCGAUGUUUCAUUGCAUUUAUGUGUUUAUUGGUACAGUAGGGGAAAAUCCGGUUCAGAUUUUAGUUGCUACAGUAUUCAGAUAUAAAAGACGAUAUAUUUCUGGAAUAAGCAUCAAAGCCAGAUCCGUUCAAAGCUGCUGAAAUGGCUUUGGAGAACUUUUAAUGGAAAAGGCAUACUGAAAAUUGAGCAAAACCCCUUUUGUGUGGAACAAGCACUCUGAGUCUUCCAAUUCUCAAUGCAGUCCACCUUCAACUUUGCAUAGCUGGUCAUAUGGAAUAGCUAGUAGAUCAAUCCUGCACGAUCAAUCCUGAUUCUGCCUGCCAAUCUUUCUUUCUGGAUUAGCAUGCAGAUGUUUUAAUUGUAUCUACAGUGGUGCCUCGCUUAAUGAAUGCCCUGCUUAACGAAAUUUUCGCUUAACGAAAGGAUUUUUCGAGUGGAGGUUGCCUCGCUAGACGAAUUUGUUUUAUGAAAAAUUCGUCUAGCGAAUCGCGGUUUCCCAUAGGAAUGCAUUGAAAUUCAAUUAAUGCAUUCCUAUGGGCAAAAAAAAAUAAAAAAAAAUUCAAUGCAUUCCUAUGGGAUUCGCUAGACGAAUUUUUCGUUAUAAGAAAAGACCUGUGGAACGAAUUAAAUUCGUCUAGCGAGGCACCACUGUAUAUUGGUUUAAUAGCAAUUCAGCAAUAAGAAAGAAAGAAUAUGAACAAAGAAACAGGUGCCUGUAGCUAAUCAUUUCUAUUUUAUUGCUUAGUUAUACAUAGAUUUCUAUAUCAUUAAGGAAGAUAAUCUCUUACGUUUUUCUGCACUCGGGUCAGGUUCCCAGUUCUGGACACACCCUAGGAGGAGUUGAUCUUUCAUUUUGGGGGAAGUGAAAUCUGUCUCUAGUUUCUCCUUCUGUUCCAUCAGAAUUCAGUGGCAAAAUGUGUUUUACUGUGUUAGUCUGGAAACAGGACCAAUGAUGAGAUGCAGUGAUGCUACAUUGCAUAACCUUGCUGCCCUUGCCCAUCAUUAUGUUCCUGAGAAAGAACAUAUGAAAGUUCAUCCACUUCUAAGGAGGAGCUGCAGAGGCUGAGAAAAUGGUUUAAUUCAGUUUACAAACGAAAAGAAAAUCUGUAUAGUUUGGAAACUUGUUUUUUUCAAUAUGCAGUUGGGCAUCUCUUAAGACAUCAUAACCAAAUUUUGCAUGGUGGUUCCUGAGAUCAAGAAGCAGGUUUUCAUCUAUGCUUGGAUACAACCGGAUGUCAUUUUGAAUCAGUAUGGGGUACUGAACGUUUAGAAACUGCACUGAUUUAACCAUUGUUUUCAAAACCGCACAGAUUUUGUUUGUUUGUUUCUUAGAAUUCCCAAGCAGUGCAGGGCUUGAGGCUGAUAGUAUUACGUGAUUUAACAUUUUAGUAAUUGUCAAGAUAUUAGUAGAUGGUUUACAAACAUUCCCAAAUGGAAGGCAAACAGAAGAGCUAAGAGACAAGUUGACACAUAAUAUUUAAUGCUACCUAAGGAUUGAUGUAUGGGACGUGGGUGGCACUGUGAUCUAAACCACAGAGCCUAGGACUUGAGCUCCCGUUGCUCAGUCCCAGCUCCUGCCAACCUAGCAGUUCUAAAGCACGUCAAAGUGCAAGGAGAUAAAUAGGUACUGCUCUGGCGGGAAGGUAAACGGCGUUUCCGUGCGCUGCUCUGGUUUCGCCAGAAGCGGCUUAGUCAUGACCUGGAAAAACUGUCUGCGGACAAACGUCGGCUCCCUCGGCCAGUAAAGCAAGAUGAGCGCCGCAACCCCAGAGUCGUUUGCGACUGGACUUAACUGUCAGGGGUCCUUUACCUUUACCUUUUAAAGGAUUGAUGUAAACUCACAUUCCCUAAUUUUCACCAUGAUUGCGUGUGUGUGUUCAGUAUGCAAUCUGGAGUUCACAUCUCUGGUAUUCUACCAUACUCAUUAUUGGCUAAAGUUGCAGUAAAGCGAAAGGUGAACCACUAGGCAUAACAAAUCAAUCAAGAAAACAUAUGUGAAGGAUAAAACGUUUGUAGUUCUAGCACUUUGCAUUGAAUAGCCCCAAAGUAUUAAUUCACAAUAGGCAAUUGGUAUGGAAUGUAGCUCCGAAGUAUUGUGAAACGAAGCAGCCAAGGUGCCUAAGAGUUCAUCCAGGGAGAAGCCAACAGGUAAGUAAGUUGCAUUUUCAAACAACCCCACGGAAAUUUUCAGUAACCCACUCACUUCAAAUGCUGCUUUAACACUUCAACAACAACAACAACCUUCUCUUGUAGCUUUCUAGUGUUGGAAGAAAUGAACCACUCAACUACAUUACGUGUUUAAAAUCUUUAGAGUCUAGUGCUCAGGGUCUUUUUCAGGGAGUCUUCUCUUCUCAUGAGGUGGCCAAAGUAUUGGAGCCUCAGCUUCAGGAUCUCUCCUUCCAGUGAGCACUUGGGGCUGAUUUCCUUCAGAAUGGAUAGAUUUGGUCUUCUUGCAGUCCAUGGGACUCUCAAGAGUCUCCUCCAGCACCAAAAUUCAAAAGCAUCCUUCAACAUACUCCUCCUCAUAUCCUAUAUAUUUCUUAACUGAUUCAUUAUUGCUUUGCAUAUUCUGUGGGUUCUUUAUGUGAAAUUGCAUUUCCAAAAGGAACUUGGUAGAGUUUCUGAUAUGCAAAUAAUCCUUUCACACGACAGAGCUGCUGGAAUGGACCAAAGCUCUAUAUCAGGCAUAGGCAAACUGGCCCUCCAUACUGGCCCUUUGGGACUGCAAUUCCCAUCAUCCCUAGCUAACAGGACCAGUGGUCAGGGAUGGUGGGAAUUGUAGUCCCAAACACCUGGAGGGCCGGAGUUUGCCUAUGCCUGCUCUAUAUUGUCUAGCAUUUUCUCCCAUUGUCACCAUCUGGCUAGAUGUCUAUAGGAAGCUCACAGGAGAUAUUCAAAGGCUGGGUGCCUCUGAUCUUGGAGGUGACAUAUAGCUAUCAUGGUGAGUAGAUAUUGAUACUGUCUGUAUUGGGUCUGUGAAGUUAUGUGUGUGUGAUACUGAGAUUCUUUAUCUUCCAUUAAUUUAUCUAACAGGUCUGUAGAUAAGUGUUUUCCUUUGUGCUGACCUGUGCUUCCUAGGGGCAACUUGCUAGACAUCGCUUGAAACCGGACACUGAGCUAAUUGGACUCUUGGUCUGAUCCAGCAAGACUCUUCUGUUGUGUACAGCCAGGUGGAGGCUAGUUGAUUUGAACAAGUACAAAAAGUAAGGUGCUUUUUUAAAUCAGCUAACAAUUCUGAAAUUGCACCUAUGGCAUCAUCAAGUCAUACAUAUUGCUGACAAGGAUCACAAAGAUUGCUGCAGCCAAUAAGGCUAAGCAACAGUAUAAACAAAGGAGGUAAACCAAGGGAUGUUAAGAAGGAAGAUGGGACUGAGGAGCAACAGGACUUGAGAAAUAAAACAAAUGCCCCAAUUCACCAUAGGCAGGAGACAGUUUUCGACACAGGAAAUUGGUUUUAUUCGAAGUUCCAUUUAUAUCUUGACCUUUCAGUCCUGUUAUUUAUAUCGUGACCUUUCAGCAAAUGUUUUUUUUUUUAAUGAUAGCCCGAAAUAUAUAGAACCAUCCAUUUUAUCUGUUAGAAACAUUUUGGAGCAAAAUAAAAUCAAUUGGAUCCUGUGUUCCUUCUGCGCACUUUGCAAAUGCAAUUCAUCACGGAUGUGGCAGGGAGAGCGAAAGAGCACGGGAAUCGGUCCUCGAGCCUGAGAAAUGAGGAGGAAAGGGUAAAGAGCCAGUUGUGAGGGAAUUUGCUUUCUGAAAUACUUUGCCUGUAUUUGGUUACUGCGGAUGGCAGGAGGUUGAAGGAAGCCCAGAUGCCCAGAUGCACAAUAGUAAACAAACAUAAGGGUUUCCAAAAGGUCUUCUGAGAACUGGGCAUUCUAUAUGCCUGGUGUUCUGAGCCUUGUGUUCUUAAACAGUUAAUCCCUUUUAAGCAGAGCUGUAACCAUGAAUCAUCUUAAUUGGAAGAUUAAUGAAAUGCAGAUGUAGGGAGGACCAUCAUCUUCUAAUCCUUCAGUAUCUCCAAAAGGCGCCACAUCUUUGACAGCCACUCUGAACAGGCCAGCUACGCAAGUGGAGAAGGGCCAGCACAAGGCUAAUCUGGAUUCUCUUUCCUCUUGGCACCAACAUGGGAUGGUUAAUGCAAGUUCAGUCAUCAAGUCAUUGCUCCCUUCAUCAGGGCUGUGGCCUCAGAGUCAUGUCACAGUGGGACAGCUCAGCCCAUAGAGCAUGAGACUCUUAAUCUCAGGAUUUGAGCCCCAUGUUGGGUGAGAUAUUCCUGCAUUGAAGGGGGUUGGACUCGAUGACUCUUAUGGACCCUUCCAACUACAGUUCCAUUAUCUAUGCCUCCCUAGCCAUUGUAAUCGCUUAUUUAUAUGUAGAUCCUAUAGCUAUCUAGGGACCCAGGUGGCGCUGUGGGUUAAACCACUGAGCCUAGGGCUUGCUGAUCAGAAGGUCGAUGGUUUGAAUCCCUGUGACGGGGUGAGCUCCCAUUGCUUGGUCCCAGCUCCUGCAAAUCUAGCAGUUCGAAAGCACGUCAAAAUGCAAGUAGAUAAAUAGGAACCGCUACAGUGGGAAGGUAAACAGCGUUUCCAUGUGCUGCUCUGGUUUGCCAGAAGCGGCUUGUCAUGCUGGCCACAUGACCUGGAAGCUGUAAGCCGGCUCCCUCGGCCAAUAAUGCGAGAUGAGCGUGCAACCCCAGAGUCGGUCACGACUGGACCUAAUGGUCAGGGGUCCCUUUACCUUUACCUAUAGUUAUCUAUCCAUUGUAGUGGGGUAAAGGGAGCUGAAAAUAAUGCCAAUAUGUUUCACAUCUGGCAAACAAUGUGUGGCUUUGGUUUCAGAUAGUACAUGGGCAGAUGAGUUGACUCUGGAUUGGUAUACUUGAUUCUGAGGCAUGAUUUAAAGCACUUGCCCUAAGGCAGGGGCCCCCAAACUAAGGCCCGGGGGCCGGAUGCAGCCCAAUCACCUUCUAAAUCCAGCCCACGGACAGUCCGGGAAUCCGCAUGUUUUUACAUGAGUAGAAUGUGUGUCCUUUUAUUUAAAAUGCAUCUCUGGGUUAUUUGUGGGGCAUAGGAAUUCAUUCAUAUUUUUUUCUUUUCAAAAUAUACUCCGGCCCCCCACAAGGUCUGAGGGACAGUGGACCGGCCCCCUGCUGAAAAAGUUUGCUGGCCCCUGCCCUAAGGGAACUGGAACCCUUGGAUUAUGGUGGGAGACUCUGAAUGACAGGAGAGAGGGUGAGUGAGGUGCAAACUAGCUGAAGAGAGAUCCCGCCCAUGAUAUAGCAUGAGGGGAAUGGAGCAGGCAAACUAAAUAAGGAAAGGUGGUUGCCCACAGCCUGGUACAGAGAGGCAUGGCAGCCAAGAGGACCCAGUGAAGGGAUAUUUUAUCCCAUGAGGGAUAAAAUAAUGAUUCCAUUCUGUAUCGAAAACACUCCGCAAAAAUGGGGGGUGGGGUGGAGCAAUGCUACUAGCCCUCUCAUUUGCCUCCACCCCAUUUCCCAUGCAGUCACACGUUUACCAAGUUGCAAAUUGGAGAGGAGGGAUAAUGGCAGCCAAGGCUAACGUUAAGGACCUCUCUCUAAUCUGUUCUGCAGGUUUGCUGCUGCUGCUGUUGUUUAGUCCACCUGACUCAUUGACCAGGCCAAAAAAAAAAAAAAAACAGCUGUUGUUCUCAGUUGCAGAUGAAUGGGAGUCUAGGGAAAGGCUUUUACCACCAACCCUCUCAGCUGCUCCCUUGCCCCCACUGCUUGCUUGAUGCCUUGGCACCUUUAGGCAUGUGUGGGAAAGAGAAGAGAAGAGGGAAGCUGGUAAACAAGAGGAGCUUGUUGGGACUUUAAAAGUUGUGGGGUGUUCUCAGAAUUUCCAGAACCUAGCCAGAAAUUCCCAACCAUCAAGAAGAAAGUUGCAGGUAGGUAGCCGUGUUGGUCCGAUUCGAAACAAAAUAAAAAAAAUUCCUUCAGUAGCACCUUAAAGACCAACUAAGUUUUU